CGCUGUGAGAGACGCCGGUCCGCCGCCCGCCACCCUGCACAGUCUAGCAUCGGGGGCGAAGCGAAGGAGUGACUUGACUCCGCCGUGCGAUCACCUGAGCGGCCCAGGAGCGCGUCACCUCACCGGCCGGCAGGUGUAGCGGCCUGAACCUUGCUGUCCCUUUCCCUAUUGAGGAGAUUUACACGGUGAUGAUGAUGAGGAUAAAUAUGAUGGUAAUGAUAAGGUUAGCCGAGCCAGACGCAAAGUUUUAAAGCGGAAGAGAGUUGGUGGAAAAUAUAUAGAGGAGCGAGAGAUAGAAAAGCGUGCGAUGUGUCCUGAAAACCACACACACCAGGUCAAUGUUCCGCUGUGAUUGCUUGGUGGGAAAGUUCUCCCCGUGAUGCCGCGGCGAGCCGGAAACUUUUAGCACGGCGAUGUGGGGAAGCAGGUCAAGGAAAAGUACUGCGGCCAAAUCCUCGUCCCAUUGAAGGAGAGUUACGUAUUCCCUUCAGACUGUGCGUGUCUCGCCUCGUGCCUCCAUACGCACCUACGCAUGAACUUAGCCAUCGGCGCCCAGCCUGGACCAUCUCUUAGGAGCAUUUGGCCUCACGACACCGCCUCCGUCACCGCUACUACCUGCACCACCACCACUACCAUCACCACCACCACCCUCAGUGCUGGUGCCGCUGCUUAUUAGGAAGUCAAGAGGAAAGAGGAGAGAGCUGUCAAGAGGACUGCAGUGUGCCGAGUGCCCUUCAGCUACGACAAACUUGACAAGAGGAUCCAAUUCGGCAUUCACGGGACGAAAGAGAAUCAGAGACGAAGUUUGCCUGCUGAGUAAGAAGGAACACAGAUUCAUCGGCGAGGAUUGGUGGCUGGCAGAUCCGAAAUUCCAAUCAAGGAGGAAGCCCUCAGGAAGCACCGGACGCAGCUGAGGCGUCCGGAAUUCGUAUAAAGGGAAGUUAUCGGUGGAAGAAAUAAAGGAAGCCAGCGCCUCUCUCCGCUCUUGGUGGUCGAGUCUUUUAGCGAGGGAAAGCUGCGUUAUAUUCAGCAGGCAGCCAUCCUCGCUCAGGUGACUUCGCGCGUAAAGACACUAACACUUAGUUGAGCGUCUGACUUUGUAGCAACUCGGAAACAGUUUACUGGUUUUGACUAUUCAAGUGGCUGCGAGCUGCGGUGAACUAUGCACCGGGCACGGCGGGAGGCGCCAUGAACUAGUGUCUGGGGAGCGGUGCCGCGAUGGUGGCGAGGGAGUGAGCGCCAGGCGACCCGCGACGCUCAGCAUGAAUCCUUGGAGCCACCACCGCGACCUCAGAAGAUCCGGCAGACUGCGCACGGCUGUUCUCUGGGCGUGGGUGUGGUCCUUCGCGUGGGCGUGGGCUGUGUGCGGAGCAACGGGCACCUGUCCCAAGGUGUGUGAGUGCAAGUGGCGGGAUGGAAAGCAGACGGUGUCCUGUCCCGACGCGGAGUUCAUAGACAUCCCCCGCGGCCUGGACCCGUCCACUCAGGUGCUGAACCUCAAGCACAACAACCUGCAGAUCCUGCCACGUGACGCCUUUGUUGACACGGGUCUGGUCAACCUGCAGAAGGUGUGGCUGAACUACUGCAACCUGAAGCACCUGGACCGCGGCGCCUUCAACAUGCUGGCCAACCUGGUAGAGCUGGACCUCAGCCACAACCUUCUGCGCGCCGUGCCCUCAGAGGCCCUUGCUGACGUACCUGGCCUGCGGGAGUUGCGCCUCUCCAACAACUACAUCUCCUCGCUACCCGAGGAGGCCUUCACCAAAACACCUGACCUGGUACACCUCGUCAUCACCCAGAACCACAUUGAUAUAAUAAACGACCGCGCCUUCCGUGGCCUGACCCGCCUCGAGGUGCUCAAGCUCUCCAACAACCGUCUGCCGGGACUGGAUUCCUCUGCGGUGCAUCCCCUCGUUGCCAUCCACGAGCUGCACCUGGAUGGCAAUCCUUGGCACUGUGACUGUAGACUCAGGCCUCUCAGGCGCUGGAUGAUCGAGCGCAACGUGGCCUUUCUGGAGCCGCCGACCUGUGUGCAGCCCGACCGUGUCAAGAACAAGUCGUGGCAGGCGCUGCAGCUAGACGAGUUCGUAUGUGUUCCAAAGUUGACGGCCGUGGCCCCGCGCGUCCUUGCAGCGCACGGCGAGAACGUGUCUUUGUCCUGUCGCGUCGAGAAUGACGUGGACGCCACAGUCUCCUGGCUCCUGGGGGAUCGAUUGAUCCGCAACAACAGCGAGAGGCACCGUGUGCUGGAGACCGCGGCAGCCAGCCAGGACUCACGACUGUCUAACCUGACGCUGGCGGGCGCGGGGCCGCGGGACCAGGGCACGUACCGUUGCGUGGCCAUCAACAAGGCGGGCUCGGCGGAGGCAAACCUUACACUACAGGUGUCCGAUGAGGUGGCAGAGGUGCGGCUGGUGACGAUGGACCGUGUAUUUGUGACGGGCGGCCUGCUCACCGCCAUGGCCAUGAUCGUGGUGGUGCUGCUGCUGCUCACCGCCAUCCUCCUCCGCAGGCGGCAGCAAGCCAGACUGCGGCGAGGACCGGAAACGGACCACAAGACAGAGACUCCUCAGCUAUCGCAGGACCGUGGCAGCAUCUCCAGCGACUCGCACCCCAAGCUGGCAGACUACCACAUUGUGCCCACCAACGAUCUGGACGAGCCUUCGCCGCUACCCACGCACUCAGACAAGUCGUGGAUGCUGCGCGACGCCUCCGUGGACGACUUCCCUUCCACCAAAGAAAUAGACAAGUCCAGUUCCUAUAAUGAGUCAGAGCAGCGGAAGCUGUCCAAGCCGCGACCGAGUGCCAGCGGCAAGGCGAGCUCCCCCAGCACUGUAUCGUACGUGGAGAUCCCCAAGUCAGAGUUGGCUGUGGCGAGCCUACCUGCGGCGGACGAGCGGCUGCGGUGGAGGGAAGCCGCUGCCGAGAGCAAGGACAGCCGUCUGCUACAGAUGGCGGGUCAGCGGGGCUCGCAAUUAUCCAUGGCCAGCGGCAGUCGCUAUCCCGACCUGCUGGACCUGCACUACACACAGCAGCAAAAACAACAGUUGCAGCAGCAGCCGAGGCCUCCCCUGCAGCUGCUCAACCCCGCCUACUGCACGCUGCCUCGCAGUUCAAGCGGCCUCCUAGCUGGGGCCACGGCUGGCAGUCCUCCGGGCCUCGACAGCCUCUUUCAAGAGACUUCCUUCUCUCUCCCCUCUUCCAUCCGCUACAGGUGCGCCAGCUGGGUGGACCUUGGGGAGUGCGAGACGGCUUCCACCUCUCUCCCCAGCUACCCACGCCCCCACGUCCGCCCGCAGCUCUCCCUCCCCAGCGACUCCCCCAUCCUCAAGUCCCACCGUGACACCCUUGCAGAACUCCUCAAUGUCCACAGGAGGGAAGGCGCUACCCUGGCGGAGUUCAAUGCGGAGGACGACAAUGAGAACGUGCCGCCGCCUUGCCCGGAGACGCCAACUUCGAGCCAUCCCCGGUACCCCCAAGCAGCGGCCUCAAGCGACUCCCCCGAAGACCCAAUGGAAGACCCGUCGCUCGCCUCCGAACCUCUGCGGUCUAUUCUGAAGCGGAGGUACGAGGAGGGCGGGCGUGGUCUUCCGGGUCUGCAGGGACUUCUGGGUCUGCACGGUCUUCAAGGUCUCCAGACACUGAAAGGUUUGCAAGAAGCCAAGAGCCUCCAGAACCACAAAGGAUCUUCUUACUCCAAAAGUGCCUCCUUCGGCGAGUCUCCCCAGCCGCUCCGUCCCUCCCUCGCGCUGCCUUCCCUCCCGCCGCGCCCCGACCCCGAGUCCUGAGGCUGGGAAGGUGAGGACUAAAGCUAGAUUCAGAAAUACUUUGCUAUCUCGCUCUUUCUCUCUCCCAACGACUAUUUUCAAAGGCCGCAGAGGUGAUUAGCAUGGUUUUCAAGACUGUUUCUCCUCUUAAUAACGUAGAAUACUUGUUAAUCUGUCACUAGAACGGUAAAAAACGCGAUUAAAAACUAGUGUAGCAUCAACCAAAGCCUUUUCAAUGUGGUGGAGGUGCGGCGGAGUUUCAAAAUAUGAUACUGGGAGAUGUUGGCUUGUCGGAAGUGUUGACUUUAAUGCUCUCCUUAACGUGUCCUUUUUACCAUUGUCUGGAUCUUUUGGUUUAAAUUUUUCUCGCUCAUUUUCUUUUCUCACAUUGCACAAAAUAUAUAUACUGUUAUAUUUGUUUCCUGAAUACGUCUAUCUUCAAACAGACCCGAUAGUGAGAGAGGAGAGGAACAACGUGGGAAGAUAUGUGACUAAAGCAAUAGAGGGAUUAGAAAGGCAGGAGAGAGUAAAGGAGGAGGAAGGUGAAGCUUGAUGAAGAGUGAAGCAGGGAAUGAAGGAGAGAGGAGGAGA